AUGUCUUCUCCCUCGUCCGUUACGCAGGGCUCCCUUCGCAGGAGGGCCAGAGUUGUCAAUCGGUCCCGUCAGGGUCAGCAGCCAUCUGCGUCGGCUGCGUCUGGGAACACUGAGACCACCCUUACGGCGAAUUCCACGGGCGCCACUUCAGUCACCAAAGCGGGCGACAGAGCUGCGGUUGACCUGCCCGCUGCUUCCGUGCAGCCCGAGUCGCCAGUCGAUGUCCAGUCCUCUACUGACACCAACGUUGGCGCCGCCAGCAGCUCCCGCCGCCCGCUGCCCACGAUCGAGAACGACUACAUACCGCAGUGGGGGCGCGAGCUCUGGCACCAGAGAGCCAGGGAGCGCGCGAGAGCCGAGGAGCUCAGGCGCGGCAAGUGGAGUGAUGAGUCAAAGACUAUGCUUUUGGCUUACCUGGCCAAAGGCUAUACAAUUCAUGAGAUUGCGGACUUCGAGAAACGCACUCCUGAAGAGUGCUACCGCGAGGCCCACAAGAUUGGAAAGAUCUAUAAUGACAAAGCACUAUUGAACAAGCUCGAGGCAAUCAAGGGCAACCUUGAGGUUACCGACGACGACGAAGAGGGAAACGGAAAAAAUUACUGGGAGGUGCAUGGGGUCAGCCCUGGGCCCAAUCGGGGCCCUGGAGUUGCUUAG